AUGACGCUUCCUCGACUUCUUCGCAGGCUGAGCCGCAAGAGCAUCGAUAAGUUGUCUGCCUUUGAUGCCCCUGUCCCUCCUGUUCCGGAACUUUCUCCUACACCGGACACCCUCUCACCUACCUCGGACGUCAAUUCGGAGCGUACCGCGGUCAAUUACUUUUCCUCACCCCUCCAAUCCCCUACUUCGGUGGUCAGCGUGCCUGAGGACAUCGUCUCGCAGAGCAUUACUGCCGCCGCUAAAGUGAUUACCAGGCACGAAGAAGAGUCGAAGAAUGACCGACUACUUGGAAAACUUGACGACAAGAUUACUGUGGUUACAACCGCGACGAGUUAUGUAACGGCCGUUGCUGCUCCGGUCAAAGCUGCUCUGGAUGCUAUAUACAAGCUGGAGGAAGCAAAGAAGUCUAACGAUGACACCGUGAAGGCUCUGUAUAUCAAGAUGAAAGAUAUGAUGGAUGUGCUACUUCAGUUGCGCGACGUUAGAGAUCCCACGUUAGUUGGCCCCAACGGGCUCACAGCUAAACCAAGGAUGCAAGAACUAGUGGAACAUAUGGCCGGUGAUAUCAAAGACUGCGGUAACGCUUGCGACGCAUACUCAAGGGUCAAGCCCGUGACGAAAGUCCUUUUGGGACCAGUCUGGGUAGGACGGCUGAGCAAGUUCAUCGACGUCUUCGCGCAAAGACGACAAGAUUUCGAGUUCGCGUUGUCCAUUCAUACAGGCCGUGGAGUAGACGAAGUCAACCGGAAGAUGGACGAACUUAACGAGCAGACGAAGCAAUUCGCCGAGAUGUUCGAGCACUUUAUGAAGACAUGUAUCCCACCGGGGCAAGCCCAGCUCGUCGACUUCGUACAAGCAAAGGGGGGCCCUCAAGCAGUUCUCCAGGAUGAAGAAGCCCUUCGACAAUUAAGUGCACGACAAUCCACCAGUACAUCGAGACUUGCUACAGCCAGCGUGUCUACUGGACGAACGCGCCAUAAGGAACACCUCGCGCGUAUCACCGGAGAGGCUGCUGAUCCCAAAGACGACUUCAAGCGCCUCCAUGAGGAACUUGCUCUCGAUCCCGAGGCUGUCAUCGAAAACAACAUGAAAUUGUUCCAGCCUAGGUUCGAAAUGCAACAGAAGCAUCUUUUGGAGGAGAUGGAAAGCAUUGUCCACCGAGAAAGCGAUCGCGUAAUUGAUGCAGUGAAUUCGGGGCCACACGUGAAAGUUGUGGACAAGGCAUGGCGUGGGAGUGUCAAAGCACGACACUUGGCUCUUGCGCUUCGCGACCAUUACCAAGAAAGGGCAGAGAAGAGAGAGAAUGGUGGUCACAGACAUCGCACGCGAAGCGAUGCGGAUGCUUGGGCACUAGAAUGGAUCAGCCUCAAGCGACUCCAACCAAUCAUAGACGCCAUAGACGACGACGCGUCAGGGUUCAUCACGAUUUCAGAAGUUAAUAACUUCACGACGUCUCGCCCGGUGAAUUGGAGCCUGCCGCAACGGCUAGCAUACUGGUCCAUCGGUUGGCAAGCAUUCUCUACUGUAUACGCCCACAAAAUCGAGGCAUUACUAGGAAAGAUGUUCGCCCUGAGAAAUGCGACUCGCGGAGCUGACAAUGAGGCCAUUCGCGGGAAGAUCGCGCCCGCCUUCCGUGAGGCGAAUUGUCGCUCUGUCGAUCACUAUCUCGAGGUUGUGUGGUCGGGAACCAUCAUGCUGACUCGCGCACUACAGAAAGUGCACGUGGAGGAUUCUUUGCUCGCGCGAUUUCAAAGCUACAUUGACAGUGAGGAAGAUAGGAUGAAAAGCAAUUUGGAGCACAUCAAAUAUCACAUUGAUGGCAUGCACACUCUACUUCAGGUCAUGGGUUCUGGCAGGAUUGAAAGAUAUUUAUUCCCGAUGCUCUAUUUAUUCUUGAGACGGGAUCUGGAAAUCAUUCGUUUAUGCCACAAGAAAGUCAUCCAGCCUGCUGAGUUGAAUCAAUCAGCGGCGAACAUUAUCUGGUUGCUCGAAGCUGUAGCUGAGCGUCACACUUCCCUGGAGGAAACCUUUCGAGAGCAAAAUAUUGAUGUGGCGCAGCAAUUCAGCGCAACAUCAUGUGGCCUGUUUGCAUUUUGGCAUGAUGACACCGCGCUAUUCGGCCGUGAACACAUGCGCAACUUCCCAUUCCAUGACACACUACUCGAGGAUUGGGCGGACAAACCCCAUAUGCCUCCGGAGGCUGUCUUGAAUUAUCCACUCUCCAGCGAGUAUCCCUAUGACUGUGCCACGGAAGCAAUCCCUCCAUUCGAAGAAACGAAAGAAGACAUGACCGCGGAGCCGCUCAUUGGAUCAAUAAUUGGCCCUUGGACGGGUUUCAUGGUGAUGAAUGAUGAAUUUCCGGCUCAACCGACGUUCCACCUGAACAUCCACGCGUCGUCAGAACGCGGGCGGUUCGAAGCAUCUGGUAUCGCAUCCGAUGGUGCAUUCUUCCGCGGAUCUGGUACUGUCACCUUCCCAUCGGACAGCGACGGACCCCUUUACAUCUUCAAAAUGAUGUUCGACAGGUCGUGCGUCUCUGUCUGGACCCUCAAUGGGUCUCUGAAUGAUGAUGGAGAGACGUUGUCUGGGAGCUGGGGAUACAAUUCCUCGGAUAGACGUAACGUUUUCGUCUUCUCCAGAACUCGCAGAGCUGUGGAAACGACAGUGGCACUAUUCCUCGAUAUCGGCCUCAGCAGGAACCGUGCAUUAUGGCAGUUUGCAAUCAGCAGUGUCGUCGAGCGCAUUCGAAGGCAGGCUGCCUUCUGGAGAUCAUUUAAACAGCAACGUUUCAAUAGGAGUAGAUACAUAGAGCUGAUGAACCGCCGGCGUGGUUUUGGGCGUCAUUUAGACUCCUAUGAGGACCGAGAACUCGAGCGAUGCUUGCGUAGCCUUUCAGCUCUGGAAGCGCGGACAUACGAAACCUUCCGCCUCCAUCGACUUCGAACGACCCCUUCUUAUCUUUGCGGAGGGAACAUUCUCGGUUCUCGAAUUGUGUGCAUCGAUUGCGACGUCGCAAACACUGUCGAUCUAUGCGACGAUCCGCGAUGUUCCCUCACACGAGUAGAUCUAGAACGCCGACCAGACCUACCGUCGCCUCAUCUAUCAUCACACUCCGUCUUCAAGGUGCGAAAGAUGCUUCAUCUCAAAGAUUUCGGAAAGGUCGACUCCGCUGCCCGGGAGGCGCUGAAGAGGGCGACAGCCACGUUGAGAGAUGGCAACGACAUUGACCCAAAGGAAACUGAGAACGUCAAAGAUACAUUCAUUUGCACAAGUUGCGACGCAAAGGGUGCCGUAUCAAUAGGGCAGCACCGGGCAGACCACGCCCUUGUGAAAUGUGGCUCGUCGGGGAUUGGCGGGCCGUCGCUGACUAUAGAGCAUCGACUGGAAGUCUUGGAGAGACGGUUCGGCGCGGUGGAUCACAAGCUUGCGCAGCUGGACGUUCGUUUGGAUUUCGCCAAAUAUUUUACCCCUCAGACCUAG